CCGCGACCUGGCUCACACAGCAGAGUGAAGGCAUGGCUCCCCUGCGGGUGUUGGAGCUGUAUAGCGGUAUUGGGGGCAUGCACUGCGGCCUGGCAGGUAAACACCAGCGCUGUGGCUGCUGGGUAACACUCUCAAUUCAAAGAAAUCCCCAAAAGUAUAGUUAUUUUUCCACUUCAUUCUGCACAUGUCCCUUCCAUUGUUAACUUGUGUCUUCCUGGCCUGAAACUGUCCACUGUAUGUAAAUAUACACAGCAGGGUUCUCCAAACUCUGGCCCUUCAGAUUAUGCUGAACUACAACUCCCAUGAUUCUCAGCCUAUCUAUUCCAUUCAAAGAAUCAUGGGAGUUGUAGUUCAGCCACAACUGGAGGGACAGAGUUUGGAGAACCCUGAAUACAGAGUAUUGGCUUUAGUACUGGGUGGGUGCUGUGAGGAUGUUAGUGUGAAAGGAUUGCUGUCCCAUACAGCUACAUUAUAAGCAGCAGCGCUAUAUGACAAUAUUCAGGUGUUACUGUCAUGGUAAAGCACAAAAUAUAAGUGCCUUUAUUGAAGGACUAUGCUCUGCCGAUUCAACAAUCUUAUGCAUGUGCACUUUAAAAAAAAAAAAAAUAGUAUCUUGUAAUAAUAAUUAAUAGUGACAAAUAUGUUACCUAAGGUUAUGGAACAUUUUUGAAAAUUGACAGAUGCAUUGAGAGUUCAGAAUUCUACAUGAUCUGUAUGGAUAUAGUAUCAAUAUUGUCCUUUAUUAUAUAGAAAAAUCCUCAAAUGCUGUUUAAAAUUAAAAGCUUUUUGGUGCCUUGUUAUUAUUUGUAGGCAUUGUGAUUGUUGUGUCAUAUGAUGAAUAAGUACUGCUAAAGGUCUAUCCCCAUGCAUGCUGUUCUGCUACCUUCCAGUCAAACACCUUUUUAAAGUUCUGGGCGGAUGCACAGUUUAGAGCAGAGGUAGUCAACCUUUUAAUACCUAACGUCCACUUUUGUAUUUUUGUUGAUGGUAAAAUUUCCUUACUGCCCCAGUAGCUAAUUUUAUAUCGCAAGUGAAAUUUUAAACAAUUUUUUUUUUUUUUUUUAAAUUAGGGUUUUCUUUAAAAUGUACUUAAAUUUAUCUAUUUUUUUUUUCCUUUUUUUAUUCUCCUUUUUUUUUUUAUGUGUGUCUGUGAAGUGCUGUAUGUGGGUGUGAGGGGGCAGUCUUUGUGUGAGUGAGGGGUGGAGUGUGUGUGUGUGUGAGCAGUGUGUGUAAGGGAUGUGUGUGAGGGGGCAGUCUGUGUGAGGGAGCAGUGUGUGUAAGGGAUGUGCGUGAAGGGGUAAGGGAUGUGUAUGAAGGGUACAUAAGGUCUAUGCUUUGUGUGGGUGUGUGAGAUGUAAAAAUCUAUAUUAAUGUCCUCCUCCCUUCUUUUUACCUUUUACCAGGGAGGGGGGACAUAAUGCUGCAAUCCCUGGUGGUCCAGUGAUGGCAUGUUCACGUUACCCUGCAGCUCCUCUGGCUGCAGACUGACACUGCUGUCUUCCUGGGGGCAGAGCACUGUAUUGGAGCAUUGUCAUGGUAACACACGUCACCGCUCUGACCAUCCUGUUCGCGGGAGGAACACAGAGCCUCCAGGCCCUUCCCUCCCUCUGCUGGAAGUAUCUUUGAUCUCCUCACCAGCCGAGAGGGCUUACAGCAAGGCUAACUCUGCAUGGGCUGGCAGUUUAGAUGAAAGGAUCUCCCCUGCCGACCUUGGUCCACGGCCAUCGAGGCCCACUGGGCGUUUUCUGCAGAACCCACCACCGCCCACCAGGUUGACUACCCAUGGUUUAGAGGGUCUGUUGGCUGCUAGUGGCAGAUCUCUUCCUAACCAGGACUGUCUCAUUUUGGUCUAUACUUUUCCAUAAACCCAUGUCCACCUAAUUUUACCACAUUACACUGACAAUAGCUCCACGCUGCAGCCACAAAGCCUCUUUAUGCACAAACAUACCAACGCUAAUACUUGGAUACAUACACCCCUGUGAUAUAUUUCUAUCCUGUGCAGAUCUCAGUGUGUAUGGAUUCCCAAUGAUGUUAGAUCCCUUCCUCCCAACAGUCUAAAGGAGUCACAUAGGAAUGAAGAGUCAGCUCCAUUAUUACUCAUUACUUAAAGCGGCACUGUCAUGGCUGAAUCCCGUUUUUUUUUUAACCCCCCUCCCGACUCCACUACAUUUAAUUGACCCCUUAGUCACCCCCAAAUGUCCCUAAGCCCCCCAUAUUACCUAUUUUUUUAUCUUUAUUUUCUGCCCUGAUCUAUAUUCAGGGCGCCACCAUCUUUAUGUCGGUAGAUGAAGUCCCUGUGGGACACGUCAUCUGCCCACACUAGACAGACUGCGAGAUUCCCGCACAUGCCCAGUGAAACACUUGGGCAUGCGAACGGGAAUUUCAUCUAUUCAUUCAUUCGUCAGAAAUCUGAAUGAAUGAAUAGAAAAAUCAGACGAACAAACUAACACUAUGUAUCAGUGUUUGUUUGUUCGUUCAGUUUAUUACAAGGAGGGAGCUACCGGCUCGCAGUUCCGUCCUUGUAAUAUGUAAAGAUAGAAGCGUCAGGGAGCAGUGCUCCCCGCCACUUCCUAAGCCCCCCAUGUCCUCCCUCACUCUAUGGGGGUCAAUAUGACCCCCAUAAUAGCAUAAGGGAGAUUAAAAUCUCUCGAAUGCCCCUACUCGCUAUACCGCGAGUAGGGGCAUGUCUACUAAACAGUGAGCAGCCUGUGGCUGCUUACUGUAAAAAAAACACUACUAUCCGGCUCCCACCCCUGCGCAGCGGGUAGGGGCCCUAAAUAACAAAAAGGGGGGGGACCUACUGUCCUCCCACCUGACCCCCACCCCUGCGCGGUGGGUGGGGGCCAUAAAGUUAAUGAGGGGGGGCCCUACUGUCCUCCCCCCCGGCCCCCACCUUUGAGCGGUGGGUGGGGGCCAUAAAUUACAAUGCGGGGGACCUACUGUCCUCCCCCGGCCCCCACACUUGAGCGGUGGGUGGGGGCCAGGGGGGAGGAGAGUAGGUCCCCCCUCAUUAUCUUUAUGGCCCCCACCCACCGCUCAAGGGUGGGGGUCGGGGGGAGGACAGUAGGUCCUCCCCCCUCAUUAUCUUUAUGGCCCCCACCCACCGCUCAAGGGAGGGGACCGGGGGAAGGACAGUAGGUUCCCCCCAUUGUAAUUUAUAGCCCCCACCCACCGUGCAGGGGUGGGGGCCGGGGGGAGGACAGUAGGUUCCCCCCGAUUGUCCAUUAUGGGCCCCCACCCACUGCUCAGGGGUAGGGGCCACUAUGUUGUUUUUUUUGUUUUGUUUUACAGUGAGCAGCCACAGGCUGCUCACUGUAUACUAGACAUGCCCCUACUCGCGGUAUAGUGAGUAGGGGCAGAUCAUUUACUAAUACUAAGUAAUCUUUACUUAGUAUUAGUAAAUGUGUCUGAAAGACCAGUUUAGGUCUUUCAGCCUUUUGGUAGAUAACUCCCUGAUACCGUGGGACAGCACGAAUAGGAUCGGAGUUUCAUUCAUUCAAAUGAAAUUCCGAUACGAACAAAGUGCCGAAUUGAGUUCUAAAACAACCGAACAUACUGUUCUCAUUUAGUUAGAACGCAAUUCGGCAGUUUCGUCUAAAAUGACAUGAAGCAUCGUGGGAACACAGAGGAAAGGUAAGGAUCAUGGGAAAAUUGCUCUGACCAACGGAAAUGAAGCACACUUUGCUGGUCAGAGCUGGUCAAGCGGAGGAAUCCUCCAUAAGGCAAAGAGUCCCUACUUUGUCUUAUGAUUUUAAAGAAAACUAAAGAGGACAGGAAGAAAAGAAGAACAGAUCCUGGGAGAGGGGGAGAAGAGGAAGAGAUUGAGGAAAGGUAAGUUCGGCAUGACAGUGCCGCUUUAACUUGGGGAGGGAAUGUGUCUGGCUGGAUAUUUCUAGUUGUGUGGGCCUGGCUAUGUUUGUCUGACAGGGAUAUUCACUACAUUGUAAAUUGUCAAAAAUUCAAAGUGGAGUUCAAAUUUACAGGGAUACGUCAAGCACCAUAAACACUACGGUGCACCCUCCCAGAGUAAGAAGUCCAAAGGCUUAAGAGCAGUUUGGGAUCUUACCUGGGACCUGCUGGGGAUCCCCUCCAUCUACCCUGCUUCUGGAGGCUCCUGACAUUGAGCUAAGCCUAAGUGUGUAGGGCUGUGGGUACUCAGCUGUUGUUCCCAGCCAAUUUGUUUGGCCCUGCAUAGCUGGGCUUAGUUUAGUUGAGCGACCUGGACGCACGUUGCAGGAGCUUCCAACUGCAAGUGAAAUUUGUAUGCAAUAAACAAAUUUCACUUGCAAUUACAGUUAUUUACAUAGAGCCAACAUAUGCCAUAGUGCUGUACAUUAUGGAAAAGGGAGAAAUAUUUAAUUGUAACAUGACAUACGGGAACAGUAAGUGACGAGGGCUCAUAUGAGCUUACUUGCGGGUGUCAAAAUUGGGCUGUGGGAGCUUAGCAUGAAGUGUGCGUGUGUGCACACAAGUUUGUUAGGAAAGGGGUUCACUGGAGAAUUGCUAUUUACCGGUAAAUGCAAAAGUGGAAAAACACAAAUAACAUAUAUAUGCUGAAUACUAAUUAUUAUAACUGUCAUGUAUCAUAUGUUGUAUUGCUGACACAAAACCACUGAUCCCAAAUUCUACUAACGAGUGCAGCUCAGGUUUGCUAUCUUGCUAUGGCAUUGUUCCAGUCCUGUCAUACAAAUUCAGUGAAUUAUUACCAUCCAUGAAGAUAAGAUUAGUUUAUUGAGCAUUACUGAAUUGUAAUGAAAUGAAAAUAAAUAUGCAACAUUUAGGUAAGGGGACACUGUGGGAACCAAGACCACUUCAGUUUAUUGAAGUGGUCUGGGUGCAUCGAUGCACAUUAGGUCUCCCCCACCGGCUUACUUCAGCAGGGAGAAGUGAAAGUGGACCCGAGCCAGCACCAAGGUAAGUGACAAAAGGACCCAGGUAAAUGACAAAAGGGCGCUGGACCCAGGUAAGUGACAGAAGGGGAUUAAUAUCCCCUAUUGCAUCAUGGGGGAGGGGUCUUGAUAGAGGGGGAAGCAAUAGUGUCAGGAAAAUGAGGUUUUUUUUCCUGGCACUACAGUUUUCCUUAAAAAAAUAAAUAAAAGCAAGGAGUUACUCAUAUCAUAACCCAUGCAGUGACCCUGCACGGUUAGUAUACGGUUGCCUUUAGCAUUAGUCUUUAUGCUAUUGUUUUUCAAAAGCAUUUUUCCCUUUUUUUGUGAGUGAAUCGUUAUAAGCGUAUGGGAACACACUUAUCAAGUUUGUAUACAAACAAGGACUCUCCCUACUGCAAGGACAUGUAACGUUGGGAAUGCCAAUGUUUGCAAACUACAUUAGAGUGAUGUGAAACUAACUUCUAUUUGCUUAAAAAAAAUAAAAGUUAAAAUCAUAAUUUUACUGUCAAAAACAAGUAUGUCAUCUUUAACGGACCGCUAAAGUCACCCAGGCUAAUUGUGGUCAUGCAGAGCUAAUUUGUCACACUUUCUAACAUUGCCCUGAGAUCGCAUCUUAAGGAAAAAAAAAUGCUUUCAAAGAGCAUUGCUUGUUACAUUAUCAGCAUCUGAUAAAAAGGCUAUUUUCCAUCAUUUGAGUAGAAGCCAUUCUACCCUAAAUUUCUUCCGUGAAUUUAUGUAUUCAGGCCGUAAUUCAUAGUGACUGAGCUUAUGCUUAACAAUUAAGAUGUUAAAGCCGCCUUUGAAAAUGGUCUCCAUCUAUUCCACAGUUAACAGAUUCCAUAGGAAUAUCCUUGUGUGUCUCAUUCCAGUUUUUUAGCUGGUAUUCUCAUGCCCAAUUAUAGGGUCACGAUUCAUUCCCUGCGGGUGCGAGCUCUUCCACUUUCCACACCUCUCUGGAUGGCAAAUUAUACUUUCUUUCUUAUUUCCAUUUCUUAUUGAUAUGUCUAUGUCUAUUACCUAUUAUGUCGUUCCAAAUUGGGGAUUAGCUGUUGAACCGUUUACCUGUCUUCUCUGUUAGACAUACAGAUAUACUUGAAAAAAUUGAAUGCCUGUCUUUAAAAAAAAAAAUAUAUAACAUUAAAAAAAAUUGAAUAUUGUAGGCUGUCUCUCACUACAAUAUCAUCUGUUCAUGUUCCAGAAUCCCCACUAUUAUUCGGCUAUCUUGCUGUCUCUCUAAAAGUUCUAUUUUUAGGCAUUAAUCCUGUCUCACUAAUUAAAUUACUUUGGGAAAAAGUCUGCAUUGAGUGAGCAUCUGCAUGGCAGGGAGUGUGUGUGAGAAUCAUCAUCUAAAUACUUUCUUAGCAUCAAGGCCAUCGGACGUUGACUGCUGUUAUACUGACUUAACCACAUUUUUUGCAGAUGUUGUCAUACUGCCCAGUAGAACAUAUGGUUCUUAUAACCUCUCACCCCUCCCAGUCUGGAUCUCUAUUAGCUGCGGAUAUGCUUGCACACAUCUCGGCCCAUCCCCCCCCACCUCUUGCCAUACUGUCACUUUUGCUACUGAAACUAGAUCGGACACAGCACAUUUUGUUAUGUUGCCCUAUUGAAAGCCUAAUCAAGCAAGGUAAUCAAGAUAACAUGUGGGUAGCACAUUACUUGCCAUCUGCAAAAUUAACUUUUGCGUUGAAUGCCUCUAAGCAACUGACACGUUAAUUUUCUGGCAACUGUGCUUAAAAUGUUCCAUUAAUCAAUAGGUUAUUUUUUAAAGGCUGUGUCAUAUUGUGUAAUGUUGGCUUAAAAUAAAUUGGUAUAUAACAAUCAGCGUUUGUGGUCUGGAUGAAGUUAAUACAAGUUCAGUAGAGGGAAGGUUCAGCCUUACACUUUAACCUAUGCAAGGAGCAUAAGUUGGUGCUUCACACAAUUGUCCAUUUACAAAACUGUGAACCAGGCUGGGUAUAAACCGACAAACGCCAUGAUAUAGAUGCCAUUGUUUUAUUUCACAGUUCCAUGGAUACCAUGUGCUAAAUGGACGUGUGGGUGGAGGAGAAACCAAUUAUCGCACAGAAGUCUAAUGGACAGAGUUUUAUGGGAUAAGAUCUGACCCCAUAGACCAGGACAAUAGGACCAUAGACCAGGACCAUAGACUUGAUUGGUAGAGUCUUCCUGGUAAAAUAAGGCUUUGUCUCUAUUGCACAUUUUAGCGUUGUGUAUCUUUUAUAUUAUAUGUGUUUAUUAAAAUCAACGCUUGAGCUAGGGUAACUUUAAUAUUUGUCCAGAAGCAGCACAAACAAGUCCCAGUCUAACCUGUAUUAGUUGCAUUACACUCCAUAGUAAAUGCUUUCUGUGGCUUUUGUCUAGUGAUAUGCCUCCCUUGGUAAACUAAUCAGCUCCUUUGGCUUCCAAUGUUAUUUCCUAUGUCAAUCCUCUAUUUAUACUCCUACCUCUGAUGUUCGCCUUUAAGACUUCUCUAGGGCUGCACUGUGACUGUGGAACUCCCUUCCCCUCUCCAUUAGACAUUCACCCGGUCUCCAUUCCUUCCAGAAAUCAUUGAAAACUCACUUCUUCAGGAAAGCGUAUCAAUUAAACUGUUAACAUCUCUCCCUCACCGCACCCUGAUUCUUCUCCUGCAACUCUCAUUAAAAUAAAUAAAAACACUAAGCCCUCACGGAAUGCUAUUCUAGCAACCUACUUUUCUAUCCUACCUGGAUCACCUGGCACUCCGACUGGGUACCUCUGUUGAUGGAUGCUCCUAGUGCUUCCCGAAGUCUCCAAGCACUCCACCAGACACCAUAACCACCACAGACCCCACAAACCAUUGCAGCUUGCUUGGGGUCUCGCCGUCUCCUACCCACCCUGGACCUACGACAAGGCUCCAGGUUCCAGUGGGUGAACCUCUCUUUCCCCAGAAAGAGCUCUUACAAGAGCAAAGCAAUCCCUUGUAGCAGAUUUCCCCCAAUAAGAGACAGAACUCUAAAUUGAGGGUGAAGUAGAACUGUUUUAAUGAGCACAAAGGCAUUUCUAAUAUACUGUUUUCCCCACAAGGUUACCACCCAUGUGGACUUUGUGGAGCACAGGACACAAAGUUACAACAGCCAAUAAACAUAGUAUUGUACAGUUAGACACUCCCAGCUAAUGUACACAAGCCCUCCCCUCUGCCUGUGAUACAAUUACAAACACAAUGGACUAACUGAAUUACCACAGACAGAAUAUCCAGUUUUACCCAAAGUCCAGAAACACCCCAAAACAACAACAUAUCCCCACAAAUUAUAAAUCCCUAAGUAGCUCUGAUCUGGGCGAACAACAUAUCUAAAAAUCACCCAGAUCAGAGCAGGGGGUCCCGAAUUCCAUGGAAGUCACAUUUGACCGACCGCAAGCAUGCUUUCAUGCCCAAAAGAGUUCCACAUAUUUAGGCUGUGCGGCCGGUCUAUCUUCUUCCCAUAAUGAAUAAAUUACACGAACGGAUCCGUUCGUGCAGUACUUCGUUGCAAGCGUCUUGUUCGUCAGUUUGUUCUCCAGAAAUAGCGCGCCGUUUGUAUGGAUUUAGCCGAACAUACGGAAGGUGGAAGUCUCAGCGGUGUUCGUGGGAAAUAGUAGCCGAUUAUAGUUCCAGGCGUACAACGAAAAACACAGCUGAGCUUGUUCGGCUAAACAAAAUGGACGCCACCACAUGUCCGUUCAUACGAACUCUGGCCAACCAGCCGUUCGUCAGUUAAGCUGCGGUUAACCACAGCUUCUGGGUGGUUAACGAGCAGCACACUCCACAUGCCGGGUGGUCGGCUGUUCGCCAGUUUGUUUGGUAAACUCGAUUUACCAAACCAGAAUUUUUACAGUCUUGUACCAAAGUUUUAGCCAUGGGCCAUAGUCACAGGGCAGGAGGCUGGCAAGCAGGCCCCUCCAAAAACUCAUGGCAAACUCCCUAAAAAAGGGGAGUUUGUCACACUACCCUUAACCCACUCCCUCUAACAUGUAAGCUCAACUUCUCUGUUCCUGUUCGUCCAACUUGUCUGGUUACAAAUACGUGUCUGUUAGUGCAUCCAUUGUACAGCGCUGCAGAAUUAGUUGUUGCUUUAUUAAUAAUAUGUUGGAAGAGCUGUGGAGUGGUAAUCACACUGUAUCCUCAGCCUCUCUCCCAGCAUAUCAGUUUCUAGAGAGAUUGAAUUAAUUGCUACCGCCCAGACAUGUCACUCUAAAUUGAUCAGGCUGGUGUUGCCCUGAGAUCAUGUGGUUGACCAAUACAGUGUCUCUCACAUCCUGCAUUAAGUUUUGUAAUGCAUAAUGUUAUAUCACCCGCAGAGCAGAACGAGGUGAGGUUUCAAAGCCCAAUCUGCCUGUUGAAAUAACAGACAAAUAAGAGAUAACAGGUAUGUAACAAUUAUACUUUCCCUUUAACCCCUUAAGGACCAAACUUCUGGAAUAAAAGGUAAUCAUGACAUGUCACACAUGUCAUGUGUCCUUAAGGGGUUAAAGGAACACUAUAGUGCUGGGAAUACAAACAUGCGUUCCUAAAUUUAUAGUGCCUGUUUGACUGUUUAGGUCCUCCCCCCCUUCUCCUUAUUACCCCCCCCAACACACACACACACACUAUAGAUUGGUUUGAAAGUGAGUUUCCUAAACACGCCUCAUACACAAUACCACAAACCUCUCAUGCACAUAUACAGUAUAACAGCCUACAUACAAACAAAUGCAACCCUACAAAGCAAUUGCAGCAACUAACACAAGCUGAACACACACCUCAAUUUAAAAAAUAAAAAGGUUUGGCGUGCCAAGGGACUUCAACAUCCUGUUUUAGCAUAGUACUACUAUAAAGUUGCCUACCUGAUUUCUGAGAAGUGUAGGGAAUAUUUAAACUGCCACAUAUAGCCGAAUUUAGAUUGAAAGAAAUUUGCCCUGCAGCCCAAAUAAGCUCACUUGCAAAGAAAUAAAACGGAAAGUGUAUCAACCACGUUUGUUGCAAUGUAGCAGAUUAAUGUCUUUGUGUAGUUGCUUCUGCUGAUUAGAUUGGCCUUACUACAGAGAGGAACAGAGGGAUGAGGGGUGUUUGAAAAGGAAUAGAAGCUCCCUCACUCAAUCACUCACUCCACUUUACCCAGUUUGGAAGUUUCUUUCUUACACUCAGCAAAAGUUUAAUAAACUAGUAUGAUGCCGAGGGUCGAAAAGUUGCUGCUUUUGCCCCAAUAAAGCUGCUAUUUCUGUUAUCCCGGAGCGCCUGAACCGUUUUUUAUUUUGCAUAUAUUGGAAAGGAGGGCUGGCCAGCCCUGGCUUCAGAGCACCUGGGUUAUAUGGUGAGUGCGGUAUCCAGUAUAUUAUUGGCAUCACAAUUAGCAAGGCGCACAAAUUUAAAAGUACGUGGGGUGUCAUCUGCUUUUUUUCACAGUUCUAUUGGUCUUCUUGCAUGUUCCAAGGGAGUGUCCCUGAUAAAGUCUCCACUUCACUACAUGCCUCUCCGAAUGCGGAUAUUGCUGAAUAUCAUUAUAUCAUGUCUUGGUGAGACUGCCUCUUAAAAGGGACAUACCUUGCAGUUUUUCCCACUGGUAUCAAACAGAUUGUAUAUGUGUUCGAUCACCAGAUACCGCUGCUUGAAUUCGGAUUAGAGGUAGUGUUAAGGGUAGGGUUAGGGAAUUGCCGAGGUCCUGAAUUGCUGAACCGAAUUGCUAAAGUCCCGAAUUUUGUAAGAACCGAACCAAAUUUUUUUGCUAAUGCACAUCCCUAUAGUUUAGUAGCCCUUCUCUGAACUCUUUCCAAAGUAUCAAUGUCCUUCUGAAGAUACGGUCUCCAGUACUGUGUACAAUACUCCAAGUGAGGUCUCACCAGUGUUCUGUACAAUGGCAUGAGCACUUCCCUCUUUCUACUGCUAAUACCUCUCCCUAUACAACCAAGCAUUCUGCUAGCAUUUCCUGCUGCUCUAUUACAUUGACUGCCUACCUUUAAGUCAUCAGAAAUAAGCACCCCUAAAUCACUUUCCUCAGAUGUUGAGGGUACUCUGCCCUCGGGUUUUUACAUCCAAGAUGCAUUAUACUGUGUUUAUCAUAUACAACUCCUAGAUGAUGUAAGGGUUUCAGGAAUGAGUAAAUAUAAAUAAUAAAGUGUUAACAGGUGUUUUCUAGAGUCUAGACUCACCCUUUAAUCUGCAUAAUUGAUUUUGUUUUCACCAGGAGUCUUUGACUUAAAAUUUUCUUUGUUCUUAUCUUUACAUGGAAAUUGAUGUAAAUCUUUUUUUAUUUUUUUAUUUGUCCUUUUAGCCUAUUUCUAUAAUUGGUAAAUGCACUCCACUGUCCAAUCCAUCUUGUCCCUCGCCCCUCCCCCCCCCAAACAAAAUCCCUAUUUAGUAGAUAUAUCUCCAAUAAAAAUAGUGUGCCUUUCAUUAUACAUAUUUUCAUUAAUGGUAUAUCUAAAAACAGCUUUCAAAAGCUGCCCAUCUCCUCAUAAGCCUUUGCAAGCCUAGCUGUCAAUCCCUCUUCUAUCCCUGCCAAGACGUUUUGUGACCGUCCAAUCAUAGACUUUUCAAUGCAGCUCCAUGAGAAGCCUUUGCAAGGCAGGUGCGCUGGGCAAUUGUUGCCUCUUGAGUUUAUCUCAACUGAGCUAACCAAACCAGGAAGCAAUAGGACACUUUGACCGAUUGACAGCUAGGUGAAUGUAACAAGGCUAAUUUAGCAAAGUGCUACUUUUUGUAAACUGAAAAAAAGGAGACACACUCUUCAAACAUAAAGUAUUUCAGCAAGCUUUUAUUUUUACUUGUGUUAUUUACUAUAUAUUGAAUAUGGUUUUCUGUCUAUUUCAGCAACUGUAACUGCUAUCUUUCCUUAAUAAAAAUUGAGAUUACGAUUGGAAAGCUUUUAUUAUCUUUCCUAGAUUGGAAAUGUAAGAUAUAUAUAUAUAUAUAUAUAUAUAUAUAUAUAUAUAUAAUGUAAAAGUAGAAAUAUGACAAUUUCGGUAAGAAUGGGAUUUUUAGAAUAAUAACUUUGGAAAUAUUCAAGACAUUUUCUAACAUUGCAAUAUACACCUUAGUUCAUAUUAUCUGAAUAGGAAGUCCUCCUUACUCAGAACUUGUGGUAUACACUGAUCAGCCACAAUAUUAAAACCACCUGUCUAAUAUCGUGUAAGUUCCUUUUGUACUGUCAAAACCGCUAUGAUGCAUCGAGGCAUGGUCUACACAAGACCUGUGAAUGUAUCUGGCACAAAGACAUUAGUAGCAGAUCCUUUAAUGGUACGUGGUCUAGUUCUGAUGCUCAUUAAAGGUGCUUUCGUGGUGAACAGCGGUCAUCAUUGUCACUCUGACUGGUCUGCAGUUACGAUGCCCCAUACACAGCAAAUGUAUUGUGUUGCGACUAGUGAUGUCCCGAACGGUUCGCGAACGGUUUGCCACGAAUGGUUCGCCGGGGACUCAUCAGUGAGUAAACUUUGACCCUGUACCUCACAGUCAGCAGACACAUUCCAGCCAAUCAGAAGCAGACCCUCCCUACCAGACCCUCCCACCUCCUGGACAGCUCACUAAGAAUGCAGCUUCACAAUGAAUGUAAAAUGGAUGCUGUCCAGGAGGUGGGAGGGAGGGUCUUCUGCUGAUUGGCUGGAAUGUGUCUGCUUACUGUGAGGUACAGGGUCAAAGUUUACUCAAUGAUGAGUCCGUGGCGAACCGUUCGGCGAACCGUUCGGGACAUCACUAGUUGCGACACCUUUCUAUCAUGGUCAACACAACGUGUUUUAGCUAUUUGAGCUGCAGUAUUUCUUCUGUGUGAUCUGACCUGACAGACUAGCCUUCACUCCCCACGUGCAUCAUUAUUUAGUCUUGGGCGACUCAUGACUCUGACACCGGUUCACCAGUUGUUCUUCCUUGCACCACUGUUGUCUAGCCAUCACUAUUUGGCUCUUGUUAAAGUCACUCCGGUCUUUUCGCGCGCUCAUGUUUUCCUGCUUCCAACACAUUAAAUUUAAGAACUGACUGUUUAAUUGCUCUUAAUAAAUCCCACCCCUUGACAGGUGAUAUUGUAACAAUAUAAUCAACGUUAUUAACUUUACCUGUCAAUGGUUUAAUUAUUGUGUACACUAGAUGUCACUGUUCAGUUACCUGUUGCAGGUGUGCCUGACUGUUCUCUAAUGAUUCACCGCCUGACAGUGAUUGUAGAAACCAUGCUGAUAAUUAAAUAUCUAUGCAUUUACUUUAAAAGUUUAUUUGAGCUUGAGGUAUUCAAAAUUCAUAGCAAGAUCCUUUUCUUUUGUUUUAGAAAGUGCAGUACCUGCUGAGGUUGUUGCAGCUGUGGAUGUUAAUACUACUGCCAAUGAAGUCUACAAAUACAAUUUUCCCAAAACGCCACUUUGGGCAAAGACUAUAGAGGUGAGUUUAUAUAUUUAUAUGUUAUUCUAAGUGUACAAAUAACGUGAUAUUUUUUAAUUCCCUUCUAAGGGGCAAUUAAAUGGUUUGUAUUGUUUUACCACCCCAGAAUCUAAAGCAAUUUCAAAAUAUCCCAGGAUUCCCUGCAUGCGGCCUGUGGAGAAUUAUGGGUAGAAAUUACUCACAACUUUAUAGAGAGAUACAGUUGCUUAGAAGAGCAGUGUAUCUGUGUUAUACAGUAGUCCUCCGCACAUCCAACUCUAUAGUAUACACUACAGUAGAAUUUACUGGAAAAGUUCUCUUUAACAAUCUCAUCAGUUACGGAAUUAACCUCUUAAGGACACAACUUCUGGAAUAAAAGGGUAUAUCUGGAAUAUUUUUGUCAUGUGUCCUUAAGGGGUUAAACAAAUGUAAGUUUUUUUUUCUUUAAAGUUAUUGGAAACAAAUGGAUUAGCUCUAAACUGGAUGCCAGUUAAUGAAUGUUUAAACAUUAGACCCAUGAAAAAACAAGUUUAAGUUUGUGAAUUUUUAAAUGAGCCGGCUGGAAUGCUUUGUGGCCAAUAUCCUAAGUAAUAUUCAGGUGGGGCCAUGGUGAGCACAUUGUGGUUAAUGCAGGAAAUGUAUUCUUCAGUGCUUGGAAGCUCUUCCUUAAAUGCAAUACUGUACAAUAAACGUGCAAUACUGUACCAUAAACGAUGUCAGUUUUUCCAUAAUGUAGCUACACAACUUCUGAGAGGGCUUCACACUAUUUACAAAGAAAUGCAGAGGAGUAAGGUUACAUAAACAAAUCAUCCACCAUCUUCUAUGUGUUUCUUUAAUAAUACCCUGACAAAAGAAAGUGUUAAAGUCGAUUUAAGAAAAUAGAAAAGAUGCUGAUACCAAGAUCUGUUAUAACAGGGUUUUCGUGAAGGCUAUGCGCAGGAGUUUAAAUAUUCUUGAAAACAUUUAAAAAAAAAUGUGUUUUUUUUUUUUUUUUACAUUUUAAAUCUUGGUGGUUGGUGGGGGUUCAAAACACAUGAUCCACCCCAGGUGCCAAAUGCCCUAGGUACGCCCCCUGAUAGUAUGUACUAUAAACUGGCCCUUGUUUAUUAUUACAGACAGGUAGAACAUAGUAAUCAAGGUAAAACCAGGACAGAUCAGAACUGCUUUUACCAUACCCAUAUAUGUGUUAUUUAACACUUAUCAUUCUCUAGCUACUUAGAACGGCUACAAUACUGUACUUAGAAUGGCAACACACCUUUCAAUAAUGGAAGCUCAUGCAACAAAUACUCCAAUAUCUCUAGAUGUUCUUGAGCACAUGCUUUUUAGAAGGUGUCUGACUGAUGAUCAGGACACUGGAAGAGUAAACCAGUACAGGAAGUCACUGGUCCCAAAACCAGACAGUUCUACCAGAUUUAUAACAGUUGCCUAACAUGUUACAGUGGAUAGUUGUAGAACAUAGAGUUAAUAAUAUAAAAUGAUUCCACUUGGGAGAAUGAAACCGAUUAUACCUCAUGGAUUUUUCUGUAAAUCAGUGAGUAAAAAGAAGUAUAACUCCGGUAAUGUUUGUAGAUGUGUAGCAUAAUAACAAUGUAUGUAAGCAAACCUAGAACAUAUUUUGGGUGGGAUGGUGAAUACAAUCCAUUGGUAAGAAUGUGUAUUAGAUUACUGGGCCCAUUACACCCCAUCGUUUAUAAUGAUGGGGGUGGGGGAAGGAAGGGGGAGUCUUUAUCAGUGUCUGUCAGCUGUGAUCACAAAGGCGACAUGGCAGACACCAAUUCUUUGGCUCUCACCUCAUGCACAUAAUCCACAUCACAUUUGUUAAUUUUUGUGACUCUGGAGGGGAGAGGCACUGAACUUGUGUCAGACAGGGGGAGAUUUUUCUCCUAAAGCUGAACUUUUUCAGAAAAUGUUGCUGGAGUUAGUCCAAAUGUUAAAUGUAAAAACACAAUGUAUUCUCAAAUAUGAUUGCUUUCUUAUGUAGCUAUCUGGUUUCAGUCCUCUAACUGCACUUUAUUAAGGACAUUGCUGAGAUUUUACUUGUGUUUGAAACUCCAGUCUUUAUUUUACUUAAGAUUUGUUCUAAUAUUUCCUGCACAUAUUUUCUAUUGAAAUAGAGGAAAAAGUGCAAUGUUUUCUGUUUCAUACCAAUUCUUUAGCUUCCUGUUAUUUAUUAUUGCAACAUUUUCAUUUGUCUGAAACUCUACGCUGGCUCAAUGCUAGCUUGAUUUGAUAUUUUUUUAAUCUAGAAAGGGAUAUUUACAAUCCUUUCCCACUGGGUCUUUAUAAGUAAAUAACAUAAAACUAUCAGACUCGACAUGCCACUAAGAGGUAGGAAUAUGAUAAAAAAAAAUGUGUGUGUGUAACAAAGAAUCCUCAUUUCUCAUGCAUAGAAAUAAUGAUUCAAUACUUGGUGUUGCAGUGUGAUAAAAACAGUUAAACAAUAAGGUAACCCAUUUUAAAGAUAUGUCAUUAUUAUUAUUAUUUAUAUAGCGCAAGUAAAAUUCCGUAGCGCUGAACAAUGGGUGGACUAACAGACACGUAAUUGUAACCAGACAAAUGGACGUACAGGAACAGAGGGGUUGAGGGCCCUGCUCAAUGAGUUUACAUGCUAGAGGGAGUGGGGUAUAGUGACUCAAAAGGUAUAUGUAGGGUUAAUGAAAUGGGUUGCUAGAAAAGUAAUCACUCAGAACUUAGUAGGUUAUUUUUGACAGUUGCAGGAGAGGAGUCAUGGGGGGAGGCGAGCAUCAGAUGUGGGAGUAUGCAGGGGCCUCGACGGAACAUACUUGCGUAUUAGGGAGGAUAGGUAGGUAGGUUGGAGCAGCAUUAUGUAGGGACUUGUAAGCAAGCACCAGAAUCUUAAAUUGAGCCAUAUAUCUAACUGGAAGCCAAUGGAGAGACUGACAGAGGGGGGAGGUGCGGACGGACAGGAAAAUGAGCCUUGCUGCUGCGUUCAUAAUAGAUUGCAGUGGUGCAAUCUGGAAACACGUAAGGCCACUGAGAAGCUAUGUUUUUGAGAUGGAGGCGGCAUGAUUUGACGAUCAACUGGACAUGAGGGGUGAAGGACAGGUCGGAGUCAAAGCGAGCCUGCGAGGUAGAGGUGAUGGUGGCACCGUUGACUUAGAGGGAGACGGACACGGGAGUAGCAACACUUGAGGGAGGAAAGACCAGAAGUUCUGUUUUGGGCAGGUUGAGUUUAAGGAAGUGAGCAGCCAUCCAAUUGGAAAUCGCGGAGAGGCAGUCAGAGAUGUGAGUCAAGAUGGGCGGAGAUAGAUCAGGAGAGGACAGGUAGAUUUGCGUGUCAUCUGUAUAUAAAUGAUAAUGGAAGCCAAGGGAGGCAGUAUAGAUGGAGAACAGUAGGGGACUAAGGACUGAACCUUGGGGGACACCAACAGAGAGGGGUUGGGGAGAAGAGGCAGAGCCAGAGAAAGAAACACUGUAAAAGCACUGGGAGAGGUAGAAGGAGCACCAGGAGAGAGCAGUAUCUCGUAGACCGAUACUAUAGAGAAUAAGAACGAUCUGUUGAUGAUCAGCAAUGUCAAAGGCAGCAGAAAGAUCAAGGAGAAUUAGGAUUGAGUAAUGAUCGCGAGAUUUAGCAGCGAUUAAAUCGUUGGAUACUUUGGUCACAGCUGUUUCAACAACGUGACGAGCGCAUAAUCUAUACUGAAGCGGGUCAAGCAGAGAGUUGGAUUCAAGGAAGUCUGUCAAUCUCGCAUACACAACUUUUUCAAGGAUCUUGGAGGCAAAUGGCAGUAGCGAUAUAGGGCGGUAGUUGGAUGGAGAGUUGGGGUCGAUGCUUGGCUUUUUCAGAAUUGGCUUAUUCGGUUAUGGUUGCAUGCUUGAAGGGUGAAGGAAAUGUGCUGGAGAAAAGGGAGAGAUUGAAAACUUUAGUUAGAGGAAGAGCAAGAGAGGGAAUAUGAUCAAGGGAACAGGUGGUGGGGCGGGAGGACCGGAGCAGAGCUGAAACCUCUUCUGUUGUAAUUGGUGCGUUUGGUUGAUGUAUUGGAAGGGAAGGGAGAGAGAUUAGAGAGCUCUUCCCUGAUUGUAUAAAUCUUCUCAGUGAAGUGAGUUGCAAAGUUUGAGGCGGACAGGAGGGGGAGGGGGUGGGGGAACUACAGGGCGAAUGAGAGCAUUCAAAGUGUGAAAUAGGCAUUUGGGUUGGUGGGACAGUGUGCUUAUGAGGGUGUUGAAGAAAUUUACUUUUGCAGAGGAAAGAUCCAGAGUGUAGGCGUGCAGCAUAAAUUUAUAGUGGAUGAAGUCAGGUGAUAUCGGGUCAGCAUGGUGUGCCAGGGUUGUAGUUGAGAACACUUGAUGCGUUUAAAUGUAGGAGGUGCCAUGAUGUCAAGUAGAGAGUGGAGUUGUAGAGUGAGGUUGCAGAGAUAGGGCAAGUGCGAUUUCAGAUGGGUAAAAGGAGAAUUUGGAGUUUGGUGUAAAAAUGCUGGAGGUCAAGGUUGUGGAAGUUUCUGCAAGAUUGGAGAGUUGAGGGUGGUGAGAUUUGGGUAUGGGAUAUGCUGAUGUCAAAGUUCAGCAGAUGGUGGUCAGAUAAAGGAAAUCAAACAAUGGAGAGAUUAGAGGUGGUACAGAGAUUGGUGAAGAUGAGGUCAAGAGUGUUUCCUGCUGUAUGAAUUUCUGAAGUAGACAACUGUAUGAGGCCGAAAGAAGAGGUUACAGAGAGCAGAUGGGAGGCAUCAGGGCAGUUGAGGUUGUUGAUGUUAAAGUCUCUAUGUAUGAGGGAAGGAAUGCUAGAAGAGAGUGGGGCGGGAGGCGGGACUGGGUUAAUUCACUUAACUGAAUCCAAUGUCGCUGUUCCUUGGCACAUGGUCUGGGUUUGCUACCGCUCUUCUCCACUCGCCGCAUGUACUCAUUAGGACAGACCCAUAGAGAAGUAUUAAAUCAAUGCUCUUCUAUUGGGUUUCAGCAGAUGCUGGAUGUCCUCACAAAGAGCGUGGGGACGCCCAGCAUCAGUUAGGUGACCAAAAGUCACCUAACGACCCGGAAGUGCCUUUAGUCGCUGUCUAAUAGACAGCCAGUAGAGGGUGGAGUUAACUGCAAUAAUUACAGUUGCAUGGUUAAACUGACAGGGACAGUGCACCUAGACCACUUUAGUGAGCUGAAGUGGUCUGGGUGCUUAUAGUGUCUACAGAGCAUUUUAUUAUGUUACACUAUUAAAUUAAAGGCUGUGUUAGAAUAACUAUGUAUCUUAACUGUCACAUUUUGAAAAUUUACCUUAAUACAGUAUAAUUUGAUAUAGUUCACCACUUGAUCCGAGUGUCAUGCUUAAAAAUCCUGUUAGAUACAAAUCUUUGUAUCACAAUCGCUAUAACAGUAUGCCUGCUUUAGUUGUUAAAAUAGCUAAACUGUUUAAUUAAAUGGACACUAAAGGCACCAAAACAACUUUAGGUUAAUAAGGUGGUUUUGGGGUACAGAUCAUGCCCUUGUAGUCUCACUGUUCAAUACUCUGCUAUUAAAGAGUGAAAUAACUUUGUCUAUACAGCCCUAGUCACACCCCAUUGCACGUGACUUCCACAGCAUUCCUAAACAAUUCCUGUACAGAGAGUUCUAAUUUUUUAACUUUGUUUAUUGCGCAUUCUGUUUAAGUUAAAAUGUUGUAUCUUCUCCUCUGUUAACAGCCUUCUGUGCGUGCUUAAAGUCCAAUAUACAGAGCAGGAGAUAAAAACUUCUAAAUUAAGUUAACAUCUGAUUGAAAAGGUAACCCUUUUUGCAUGCAGGCUCUGUCAGUCACACACAGUGGAGAUGUGGCUAGGGCUGCAUAAACAGAAGCAAAAGUGAUUUAACUCCUAAAUGGCAGCGAAUUGUACAGUGAGACUUCAGGUGCAUGAUCUAUACAUCCAAACUGCUUUAUCAAGCCAAAGUUGUUUUGAUACAUAUAGUAUCCUUUUAAAGACCAUUUAGUUGUUUGAAAUACUGGCAGCCACAAUUAUCCAGCUUAUGAUUCCAGAAGUAAACCGGUUUUACUGUCCCUUUUAACCAAAACACUGACUGAAAUCCUCCUGCCGUAGCCGUGUAAGUUAGAAUUAGUGAGCAUGCAUGUGUGUAUGCUUGUCCUCACUAAUUUAAUUAUAAAUCGACUGCCAAGAUAGAUAAUGCUGACGAUAUGUCCAAUUUGUCUAUGUGCCCGGAGUGUAUAUUUAUCCCACUAAAGACCAUGAUUGGCCACAUUUCUUUGGAUCAUGACGUUAUACAUGUUUUUGGUUGUUAAGGGGGUUAAGUACAUUGCACAAUGUUCCAAAGCUGCACUAUGUUCCACUCCGCCAAUCAAGAGCUUAUUACAAUAUUUUAAUAUAUAAUAUGCAGUUUGUGCAGCCUCAUCUUCAAGGUAUCAAUCUAGAUUGUGUUGCAAUUUUACAAAGUAUGUGCAGUAUGUGUAUUCCUUAUCGCAGUAUUUUUGUGCAGGGAUUAGAUCUUCAGUUAAAGAACACUUGACAGGUGAUUCUGAGAAAAUGGCCAUAACAAUAUCAUUCGUUAUAGUACAAAGGUUAAAUGAUAAAUCAGCACUUCAGUAAAUUGCUGAAGUGAAGCACAAAAUGUGUUAAACAUUAUUCUCUAUGUAACUUAUUAGAACUGUACUGUAUUUAGUCUCAAAUGAAAGACGUCUAGUGCACUACUUGGAAUUGAAAUCUCAAAUGUAGUGGAUACACUUGUCUGUGCUUACAAUUUAUCAUACAUUUAGCUGCUCUUAUAUCAAGCCCUUCUCUUUGGUGUAUUUAUCAAACAAAAUAGGAAAUUGAUUGCAUUAUACAGCAACAAAACAGUUUUUAAGUUGUAUGAGUUGUAUUUAAAAGCAACUGAGAAUAUUUUAGUGAAAAUUUACAUUAUUUAAAUCAACUGAGCAGUAUUUAAAAUAUAUAUUUUAAAUUCUAACAUUUAGUACUCCUUAGAAAGAGGGAUAUCCAUAAAACCUUCCUGUCAAUUUCCUGUAAUUUUUCUAAUAGUUAUAACGACUUAAAAAUAAACAAAAAAUCAUGGAGUGGGACUAAUGUGCAUUCUACUAGAUAUUAUGUUCUGAGCACAUGAAACACAUUGGGACGUUAAGGGACACUAUAGUCACCAGAACAACUACAGUGUAAUGUAGUUGUUCUGGUGAGUAUAAUCAUUCACUGCAGGCAUUUUUAUGUAAGAGAAAAGGCAAUGUUUACAUUACAGCCUAGGGAUACCUCCUGUGGUAUACUUAGGUUUUGUGCUGCCCUAGGCUGGACGGUGCUCGGGCACCCUCCCCUAAUUUAAAUUUUCCCCACCCCUUCCUGUCAAGGCCGCACUUUGGCUGACAGACCCACACUCACUGACAGAUGCACACACUCACUGACAGACGCACACUCUCACUGACAGACGCAGGCGCUGACUGACAGGCGCUGACUGACAGACAGACACACACACACACUCACUCAAAUUCACUGACACACUCAUUCACUGAAACACACAAACUCACUGACACACACACACUCACACAUUCACUGAAACACACACACACACACACACACACACACUCUCACUUACACACAUUCACUCACAUUCAUUAACACACACACACUCACAUUCACUGACGCACAUUUCCCCACACUCAUUAUUAUUAUUUUUUAAAUUUUAAAUCCACCCAGCCUCCCUAUGUUUGGGAUAGCUGGGUGGAUUUCUCACCUGGGGUCCAGUGGGGCUGCUGGGCAGGAAGGCGGCCGGACAUGCUGUUUUCAGCGAGAGAGCACUUUCCCCUGAGCUGUCUGCUCAGCUCCCUUGCACGGCGCAGAGUGAUGCCGGGAGCCGGAAUAUGACGUCAUAUUCCAGUUCCCGGCAUUAUUGUGGGUCACGCGAGGGAGCUGAGCAGAGAGCUCAGGGGAAAGUGGUCCCUCGCCGCCUGCCCGAGAAACAACCGCCCGCAGCCUCCCGGGGGAGCCCAAAGGUGGCCAGCCGGCCAGCUCUUGGGCUCCCAUAAAAAGAGGCAAACAAGGUAAAAUGACAGUUGAAGGAGAGGAGUCAUGGGGGUUGGGGAUAAAAACCUGCAAACAGUUUAACUGAUAUUCUUUCUUGAAGAAGUGAGUUUUCAAUGAUUUUUUGAAUGAGUGUAGACUGGGUGAAAGUCUUACGGCAAAGGGAAAGGAGUUCCACAGAAGAGGUGCAGCCAUGGAAAAGUCUUGGAGGCGAGCAUCAGAGGUGAGAGUACGGACAGGGGAUAUACGUAGGUCUUUGGCAGAGCACAGGGGCCUUGACAGGACAUACUUGUGUAAUAGGAAAUAAUGUAUUCUGAGUAGAAGAGAAUAGUGAAAUUACACAGGGAUUGUGGAAAGAAAUAAAAAAGAAAAUAUCGGUGGUAAAUCCUGCAAGAGGAAAUUGUAUUCGGAUAUUGUGUACACUGGAUAUAUAAAAGUAAUAAAACAAACACAUUGUAAGAAACAAGUUUAGAUUCAUAGGAAGGAGAGAUGGGGACGGUACUUGAGUGAUGACCAACGUUCGAUUUAGUUCAGAGUUGAUGAGGAAUAUACACACUGUAUAGUAUAUUUGCACACAACUAAAUUCCACCUAAUUCUGAACACAGCUCUUUUAUUCGAUCCUUGAUUACAUUACCAAAUCUGACACGUGCAUAGCUAUCUAUUAACAUUAUAUUAUCACAGCUUCAACCUUGUGUUUGUUGUUAGGAAAUUCUCUUUUUUGGACAUUUCUAAUCAUCUUAUUAUUUGAUGAUAUUUUUAUCAUUGCUGGCUUUUAUAAAGCGCCAACAUAUCUUAUCAAAUAAUUGACAUAUUGAUUUUGAUUACCACAACCUUUGGUACCAAGUACAAUAAAUGUGUUCAGUGCUUAACACUGUAGAAAAAAAAUGAAUCCCUUUUCCAGGUAUGAGCUUUGUUUAGUAAUAGUGCUGGUCUUCAUUCCUUUUGCGUAUAAUGACUUUACAUUCUUACAUCCCAUAUAUUGAAAUAUUGAUUAUUUUAAGCAUUUGAAAGAUUCCCAUGAAACACGAGGGGGACAGUGCGUUACAUCCCCAUCAUCUAAUUUACUCAGCAUCUCAAUAUGAAUAUGUCAUUAUCAAGUUUGUUGUUUCUAUUUUAUCUCCUGAGUCCAUACUGUAAACACUAAAAUACACUUUUUACUCUUUCGUAGUUUUUAUUCUUUUGAACCUGACUGGUGAUCACAAUAAUAUUGUAGCACAUUUGCUGCAAACAGGACAUACGUUUGAUAGAGUGUGUUUUUAUGUUACAUCAAAAUUUCCAUUAAACUGGAGUUCAAACAUUCCAAUGAGACGUUUUGUUUCUUUAUGACAGGGAAUAACAUUAAAGGAGUUUGAUGCUUUGGAUUUUGACAUGAUCUUGAUGAGCCCGCCAUGCCAGCCGUUUACAAGGUAUGUUUUUGUAAUAACCAUUAUCAUACUAACAUGGUUUCUUCAUGUCGCACUGUACACAGUUAUCAGUUGUAGCCAAACUGCUGAUAGUCCGUUAUCCUCUUAACCUUAAUAAAACAUUGCUUCAUGCGGUGAUAACAUCUAGACCAGGGUUGAAAACCUUUUAGUAGUACUUUACCAAAACAAGAUCUUAAUGUCCCUUGGAAUGCCGGUCCUAUUUUUUUUUUUUUAAUUGAGGUGUGUUGUCAUAUUGUGCUUGUGUUUGUGUUUAUUGGUGCUGCAGUUGCUUUGUAAUGUUAGAUUUUAGUGUAUGUGGGCUGUUAUAUUGUAUAUGUUUAUGAGUAGUUUGGGGUAUUGUGUAUGAUACCUAUGAAUAUGGGCUGUGUAUCGGAGCUGCUUGUGAAAUUGUGUCUGGAUGAUAUGUUAUGUCACAUUGUGAGUUUGGUGGUGUGUGUGGCGGUUUGUGGUAGUGCAUGUGAGAGGCUGCUGGUGGAGUUGUGUGCGUGUAUGUGAAUUGUCAGUGGUGUUGUGUUUGUGGGGACUGUGUGUGUUUGUAUGUGGGCUGUUUGUAUUAUUUGUAUGAGGAUGAGUGUUCUUCAGCAGCUCUGUGUAGAUCUAGCAGUGUGUGUGUGGCUUCUGGGAACCAGGCUGGCCAGGUACAGGUCAGGGGCAGGAGCUGAGAUAGCUGCUGCAGCCUGCUUUACUCCACUGCGAAUUCCUGGGCCUCACUGGGACUCCUGAUGGGCCAGAGCCUGUUUGGCUCAGGCAGUACCUCAUGCAUGGCACACGUGCUAUCCCUGAUCAAGACUAUUAUUUCCAUGUGUUAACAGUUUUUUAAUAUUUUAAAGUAUUUUAUCAGGUUAUUUACAAAGGUCCGAAUUAGGAAAAACCAUCAGACUACAUAUGGGCAUAUGUGUACUCCAAAAUCCUGACAUUGUUGAUAAAAUUCAAAUAUCUGGAUUGUGUAAAUGAGGCCCAGGAACAGGCCUGAAUUUGGUCUGGAUGAACACCUCGGCAAUGCAAGCUUUAAUUAUGUGGCAACUGGCCAGAGCCACCAUAUGGGGAAAAAAAAUAAUAAUCCUAUAAUGAAGGUAUUGUACCUCCCUACGCCUCCACCUGCCAUGUGGUUGAUGACUAAGUUUACUAAUUUUUUUUAAAACUAGUGACUGGGAGUUGCUGCCCAGUCACAAGAAUACGCUUCUUUAAAUAUUACUGGGGAAGGACCUAGCGUCCCGCCCCUUCCACCAUGGCUCUCAACCAUGGGAAAUGGGUGGGGUUCUUAAUAUUAAUAAUAGAGUGGGGACGUAGUGUCAGCCCCCAUGGCUCUCGACCAUGGGCAAUGGGUGGGGUUCUUAAUAUUAAUAAUAAAGAGUGGGGACCUAGUGGCAGCCCCCCUGGCCUCCACCCAGGAACGACUUAUAAUAAAGGGUUGCGAGCUAGUGUCUCCCAAGUCCCCAACUAUGGGCAGUGGGUGGGAGCACUAAAUAAUUUCCCAUUGUUCAGCGCUACGGAAUUUUUCUGGCCGCUAUAUAAAUAAUAAUAAAAUAGGGGGCGUGGACAUGCCCUUGUAAACCCCCAAAUAAUAGCAUGUUGGUAAUUAAUUCCUUUAAUUAAAUUACUUUUAUUCUUCCAUUGUAAAAUGACAUUUGUAGGCAACAGGACGGGGGUGAGGUGGGGGAGUCUUCCCCAAAUCUAAUACAUCUUUACUGCUUUUAUAUAGGCUUUUAACUUACACAUUUGGGAGAAUGGGAGAUGCACAUUCAUACCUAGUGUACAUACCAGAAUAAAAGGAGAACUGAAACACAGUGCUUUUCCUUAUUACACGUACGUGGUUAACCAUUAGGAUGCUGCGGAGUUCUUUGAGGAAAAACCUUUGUUCAAAGAGACAAUCAGGUCCAGACCUGAAGUAUAAAUGCUCCACUCGUCUCACUAUGAUCCUUCUUUAUUCCAUGUGUUGAAUAUAUGGCGAGACAUCUGCCGUUGUUGUAAUGUGCUUUUUUUUCUCUUAGGAUAGGCUUACAGGGUGACGUGUCUGAUCCGCGAGCAAAGAGUUUCCUUUAUAUUCUUGACAUCCUCCCAAGGUACAUGUUUUCUACUCAAAGGGACACUAUAGUCUGCAGAACAACUACAGUUUAUUGACUUUGUUCUGGUAAGUAUAAUCAUUCCCUUCAGGCUAUUUGCAGUAAACAUUGUCUUUUCAGAGAAAAUGCAGUGUUUACAUUACAGCCUAGGGAUACCUGCACUGGCCAUUUCUCAGGUGGCUACUAAAGGUGCUUCCUGGGGCAGUGCUGCACAAUGUGUCUCUACCUUCUACAUGGAGACACUGAACUGUCUUCAUAGAGAUACAUUGAUUUAAUGCAUCUAAAUGAGGAGAUGCUGAUUGGCCAGGGCUAUAUUUGACUUGUGCUGACUCUGCCCCUGAUCUGCCUCCUUGACAGUCUCGGCCAAUGCUAUGGGAAAGCAUUGUGAUUGGCUCAGAGAAUCACUUCUGAUGAAGUCAGCUAAGCAGGCAGAUCGUGGGAAAAGGCAGCAGCUGCAGACUUGAAUACAAGUAAGAUUUUACUAUAUUUAGGGAGGUGGGGGGGUGGGUAGAUGGUGGUUUUAACACUAUAGGGUCAGGAAUACAUAUGUGUGUUCCAGAUCCUAUAAUGUUCCUUUAGUGUUUGAUAAAAUAAGAAAUAAACACACAACCACAUGUGAAAGAAGCGCUAAUGCUUCAACUUCAACUCAAACACGUAUAAAAAAAGUACUUUCAGAAACAAAUACAUAUGCAGACAUCAUGGAGCACUGGCAUUAUGUGGCAUGCCCAGGUAUUCUUCAGUUCUUCUAGAACGUCUGUAUUUCAUAUCAGGCAGCAGUCUGCAAUUCGGUUUCCAUUAGGACACUGUAUAGGGAAAAGAAAAACAACUUGUCUGUUUAAAUAAUACUGUUGCAGACAGCAGCACAACUUCUGACUCCUGUUAUUGUACUCAAGAAAUGAGGUAACGCUUUAUCAUUUUUAUUUUUGUUAACUCUGUUUAUAUUUACAGGUUGAAGAAGCUUCCCUCUUACAUUCUUUUAGAAAAUGUGAAAGGAUUUGAAUCAUCAGUAGCCAGGUACUAUUUGUUAUGUGUUUUGUGUGUGUAUAGCUAAAGUAAAUUUUCUCGGUUUUAGCAUUUUUGCUGUCCUUUUUAUAGACUUACAGCAUGUAAGUUAUAUUUUAAUUCUCCAAGUGUAUCAAUGAUAACGUGUGAUUUAAAUGAGAAUUAAUUAUACCUACAAACUCUGGCAUUCAGAGAAGCGGGACACCGGUGGGAGGGGUGUACAGGGGGCGGACUGGCCAUACUGUUGCAUCACUGGAUCCUGGCUGCUUGCCAAUUAAUCAGGCCAGCCCACUGAGGGCAGACUGUUUUAUUACUCCCUGCAGAGUCCUGGUACCCUGUACGUAGGUCAAGCGUGUCUAUUGAUGCACUCAUGCUUUGCUUGUUGGGGACAGUUCCUGGGUGUACCCAAAAGUAGAAGUCGGGACGGCAGGACAGAACCGAAAUAAUGGGGACUAUCCUGGUGAAAUUGGGAUGGAUGGGAGGCCUGAACGUGAGAUAGUAAAAUCACCAGCAAGCAUGAACGUUCUUUUUAACUUCAUCUAACACCAUACACACUCAUCUGUUCUGCCCCAUAAGGCUUAGGAUAUGGCCACACAGUAAACCCUUUAGAUGACUGUCCUGUAACGAAAUUAGCAUCUACAAUAACUGCGAUAUCUGAAAUUUUGUUUUUCGUUUCUAUAAAACAUGUUUUGUGAAUAAAUAUGAAGAAUGACAGUAAAAACUGAAAGCUUGAUGUAAACUUUAAUUUGUACUUUCAAAUUGUGCAUGAACUGCAUCACAGGGAGGCUGGAGUGAAGUCCCCAUCUCCAUGCAGAAAAGUAAAUACAGGUCUGGAACCCUGAAUGGGCAAUUUAAAUAAACCUCUACCUGUAGAAUUUAACCCCUUAAAGACACGUGACAUGUGUGACAUGUCAUAAUUCCCUUUUAUUCCAGAAGUUUGGUCCUUACGGGGUUAAUGCAAAAAUAGAAAUUCCUCUAUUCAACAUAAUUACAAUAAAAACAGUUGUGAUGAUCAGGGAGGAAGGGGAAAAAGCAAUCUAAUGUAUUUUAUACUGUUUUAUACGCACUUCAUCAGAGAAUAUUUAUUCACAGAGAACCUGUAGUUCCUGUGGAUGCAAACAUUGCAAAAUGACAGCAUAUUAAACCAUUAUUUCUACACUUCUAUUGAUUUUUUACAAUGUAUUUUUUUUUCUUGUUCUGUGGGAAGAGCUCAUGAUAUAAAUUUGCUGUUUAUGACCCCAAUUACAGCUUUUAAACAAUGAAACAUUUUUGUCCUUUUCAGAGAAAACUUAAUUAAAACAUUACAGACUUGUGGAUAUCACUAUCAAGAGUUUCUCUUAUCACCAACGUGUGUAAGUUAAAUAUUGUUAACUAUAAUUUAUGGUUUGUCACUCACGGCUUAUAGGAGCACCAUAUAGGGUUUCACAUUGGUAGGUUGUGAUAUCCAGAAAAGUAUAAUUAAAAUAGUUCCCAUUUGCCCUGUGAUAGCAUAAUCUGCCAGGUUCACCAAAUACAGAAUGAUUCUAAACUGUGUUUAACCCCUUCUCGCUCACAUAAGUCUGUGAUCCUGUCUUAAAACCGUUACCAUGAAGUUAGAAGCUAGAGCACCACCAAUAUACUGAGGUGGGGACGAGCAAGUGACAUGUGGAAAGGGCUUCCACCAUCCAUGCAGCACUACCCCAGGAAGCACCUUGCUUGGGCAUUGCGUUGACAGGCACUUCUGCAAGGUUAGAGAGGAACCACAUAAACAGGAUUAUAGGUCUGACCGAAGACCAAAAACAUGCAGAUAAGGGGUAACCCUAGAGAUGAUGACAUAUAAAUAAAAAAUGAAAAAAAUAUACCCAACGCAAGAAAUAUUUGCCAGCUUUAGUCUAUGGAGGGGCGGCAGCUUCUGCAAGGUUGUCAAUGCAUGGAGUGCUGUAGCAAUUGCUCUGUUAUGGGCAGUUCAGUAGACUACAUAGUUCUUAGUCUGCGCUUAACACAGACUCUUUGCUGUUGUCCAAAAUAUAUACUGUCCUGCCAAAUCUGUGACUUCUGAUAAGUGGUUGGAAACAAUAUACAUGCAGCUUGUUAUCUGCUGGCUGAUGCCUGGCCAGCUUCCCUCUUCUACAGUAGCCCAGUCUAGGUGCUAUGUUUAAUAAAUUCACUAAAGCUUAUUAUGCUCAGUUUAAAUGGUGGCCAAACACACUGUAGAAAUUCAAUAUAUUAGAUGCUUACAUUUUAUGGAUCUUAAGGACUAGAUAACAUAUGCAACUUGUAAACGUUGUUAUGUUUCUGUAAUAAUUUGUUGGUGUUUGUUGAUAGCUGGGAAAAGUAAUGGUACAAGAAAACAUACAAUGCCUGGAUCUUUAUAGAGCUCACUUAAACUGGCAAUACUAUAAUGUGCAUGUUUAAUCAUUUUAUAUUUAUUUUAACAUUUUAUUUUAUUUAACCAAUUAUUUUAUAGUACCCUGCCAUCCAUACAUUGGUAUUACUCAUAUGUAAAACUCAAUAAUGAGCACAGUAGGUCAUAUUGUCAAUUGAUGUCUAAUAUCUUAGAGAAUAUUAUGACAUCAAACAGGGGGACAGUUUAUGAAGUUAGCUAGGUUGAGGUGAAUGUGAUUUAAGAAAAUUUAAAAUUUUGAAGUCAGCUGAGUCAAGUGAGUCAUCUUUAAAUGAGUGCGUUUUUAUACGAACAUUAUAGGGUCAGAAACAAAACAUGUAUUCCUGGCUGAGAUUGCCAAGGAGGCGGGCCGGGGCAGGGCCUAAUGCCUUGCUGGCCAAUCAGCAUCUCCUCAUAGAGAUGCAUUGAAUCAGUGCAUCUCUAUGGAGAAAGUUCGGUGUCCCCAUGUGGGGUGUGGAGACAUUGAACGUCAAUGCUGCACACUGUGCAGCACUUACCCAGGAAACACCUCUAGUGGCAACUGGAGAUCACACUAGGCAGCAAUGUAAACACUGACUGUUUUCUGAAAAGACAAUGUUUACUGCCAAAAGCCUGUAGGGACUGACUACUCUCACCAAAACAACUAGGUGAAGCUGCAAUCUGGAGACCAUAGUGUCCCUUUAAGCAUUGUUCCAAAUAUACUAAGCAAGGUAAAUGUUAUGGAGAUGAAGGAACAUAGAGGAUGGAUAAGACUAUAGAGGAAUAUUUGAGAAAACAGUAUUGUUUUGAAUUUUGUGAAAUGGAAUAAUGUGUUUUUUUUUUUGUUUUUUUUUUUAGCAAAACAAUGAAGAAAGAAUGUCCUAAAUUUUGCAGUUACAUUUCACCUCACACUUUAAAAACUAGAACGCAAAAUGUAUAAAGUGCCAUUUAUGUAACUGCUUUAGAAUUACUCACUCAAAUGCUUGUUUUUCUGUUUUUGUUUAGUUGUUAUGUCUUUUUUUAGGCAGAUAUAAAUUUUCUUGUUUUCCAGCAUGUUCCUGCUCAUUUCUCAUCUUUAAUUAUAUUUUUAAUUGGGGCAUGUUUUGAAGUGUUUGUUUUCAUUUAACUAGAUUGGGAUUCCAAAUUCAAGACUGCGGUACUUUCUGAUUGCAAAGCUUCAAAAAGAACAAUUUGCAUUCCAGGUCACCAAUCAAGUAAGCUUCCAAAUAAUAAUACAAUGCAACUGCCCACACCAUAUCGUUAUUAUAUGUAUAAUGCUUUGAUUUGGUUGCUUAUUCACGGUUACAUUAUGUAUUCUUUCUGUGUGUGUGUGUUUUCUUCUUAACUUAUUAUAAGUUUCUCUUGUUUUGUGCUAAACCAUGAAAUUUAGAAUGUUCGAGUGUGUUGUUUUGCUUUAUGAUAAUACAAGUAGUGUGUGUGUGUGUAUAUAUGUAUGUAUGUAUAUGUAUGUGUAUAUAUAUAUAUAUAUAUAUAUGUAGCAAAUCUAUAAGAUGACCUCAAAAGAAGUACAUUUUAACAGCGACAUAUACUUUCUAUCCAUCUGCAAGAAAAGACAGCUGAUCCCCAAAGGACUAAACAUCAAAAAUCCACUUGCUACUACGCACAAAUAGCAGUAUGCUGGAAACCUGGGUAAACGUAGUGAGAAACUAAGGAACUAUCUUAUCCACCAUCUCUACAACAAAUUUUUUUAGCAUACAACACAAAAAAAAAUAUCUACUCCAAAAACAACGUGAUAAUCUAUAUAUUGCAGAACAACUAGAAAAUGAAUGACACUAUCCAGGAGGUGGGAGGGUCUGGGAGGGAGGGUCUGCUGGAGAUUGGCCGGGAUGUGUCAGCUGACCGGAGUUCGUGGCGAACCGUGGUGAGCCGUUCGCGGGAAGUUCGCGAACGUUUCGCGACAUCACUAGAACUCUCACAGAACAGAUCUCAGGUCUGAUAGAAAAUACCCUAAAACCUUUUGUCUCCAACAGCCUCUUAAAAGACACCACUGACUUCCUUAACAAGCUCAGCCAAAUCACCAAUCUCCCUGCGAACACCAUCCUUGUAACGAUGGAUGUGGAAUCUAUGUACAGCAACAUUCCACAUACAGAUGGCAUUAAUGCUUGUUUCCAAUUUCUCUUAUACUGACAACCAAAAAUACAGCUGCCAAAUUAUCACAGAACUGGCACUAUUCAUCCUCACACAUAAUUAUUUCAGUUGUAAUGAGGUUUACCUACAAACAAUGGGUACUAAGAUGGCACCCCAAUAUGCUAAUCUGUUUAUAGCAGAUCUAGAACAGAGAUUCCUAGAAAUACAGCACACCAAGCCAUACAAAUAUUGGACUGAAAGCGAAGAAAAACCUCAUACAAUUCCAUGACUCUCUUAACUCAUUCCAUCAAUCAAACUAAAAAUGGAAUAUUCACAAGAUCUGUGUAUUUUCUGGACACCACUGUGGCAUGUAACAAUGGCACAGCCCACACCUCGGUUUACAGAAAGCCCACAGACAGAUGCAGUUACCAUCAGAGCUCCAGCUUUCACCCCUCCCAUACUAAACAGGGCAACAUCUACAGCCAAGCAACUAGGUACCAUCACAUAUGUUCUGACCCAAAUGAGCGUAAUUUACAUCUAUAAUGCACUUUCCCAAUCUUUGAGACAGGCUACAAACCAAGGAUUAUUACCAAACAAAUCCACUCUGCUGUAAAAACUGCUGCAGUACAGAUAGAAAUAGAUAUGUACACGUGUACCACUUGUGGUCACCUACAACCCAGAUCUUGAGGAAAUACGGAAAAUCAUUAAAGAUCUACAACCAAUGUUAGCAGAAGAUGAGGCAGAUGCCCAUUUUGGACUUUAGGCAGCCACCAAACCUCCAACAAAAACUAUUCAUCAGGAAACUACCCACUGAUCAGAAGAAUAAAGGAAACAGACAAUGUUAAAAACCGCGCUGCAAAAAAACUGCCAGCACAUAUACACAGACAACGCAGCCAUCCACAACAAUAAAACUUCUGCAUUAAGGGUUCAUACUCCUUCACAUGUGGUAUACAUGAUUCAAUACACCAAAUGCCACCUCGGAUGCUACAUUGGGUAACCCACCCAGCAAUUAAAUGGCAGAAUGAAUAUGCACAGACACUCCAUUAAACACCACAAAGAAGAAUACUAGUGCACUCCUUCGGGACACCAUUUUACCCAGCCCGGCCACUCAAUCAAGGAUCUUCAAAUCAAAAUACUGAAAGGGGAUUUUAAAAAAGAAAGAAAAAUUUUUGAAGUCAGAAUUAUUACAUUUUUUUAACAGCAAGAAUAGAAGACUAAAUGUUGUUUUGGGUUUCCUGUCCCACUACCAACAUUUUAUAUGACCCCCCCGACCAUUCAUUACCUCACUGUUCUGUCAUAUGUAUCCAUAUUUUAAAAUGCAUUCCAAUGACGUGUAUUAUAUCAAUAUAUAAAGUACUAUGUAUAGACAUAUGCUUUCCCAUACUAAAAUGUAUGCAUAUAUAUGUGGGUGUGCAUUUACACUACGUAUGUGUGUUUGUGUCUGUGCAUAUGUGUAUGUUGUAUAUAGGCCUUCGUGCACAUUCUAGAACCCUUGGAUGUGAAUUCAUACACUAUUAAUCUAAGUAAUUUAAUUUUUUACUCUCCUCUUCUAGCACCAUCUUCUGUACUGUUUUUUUUCUUCUUCUUUUUUCUAUCUUUCCCCAUUCACUAUGUGAUCUUCACACAAGGUUUUUACAACCCUCUGUGAGAAUGGUGUCUAUUUUCUAUAAAACCUGUGUCUUAUUCGCACUCAUGUUGCUUUAACCCCUGUAUCACAACUCAACUUUGAAUUCUACGUGUCGUCUUUGCUCAGAAAUGGUUUAGACUUGAGAAAGGGAGGUUCUCCCAAAAGUCCUUACAAAAUUCUGUUAGUCCAAUAAAAAAGGUAUUACAAGAUACAAAUUGUAUCUGUAUAUUUAUGUGUGUAUGUAUAUAAUUUAAAAUGACUUUACAUUGAUUUCUGCACUUGCUCUGAAUAUCAAGUUGAUUCAUAUUUGCGUAUUAAUAUUAACAGCUUGUCAUUUUGACUUUCCCAUUAGAUACUUGAAGGAUUUCCUGCCUGUGACACUAUGAGUUCCUUUGAAUCUCCUUGCUCUGUUACAGUAAAGUCUUUGGGAGGAAAUAUUGAAACAGAUGUAAAUCAGCAAAAUGCGAUAAGCCAUCCUCAGUGCAACCCCAUACCGCACUCAGAUGGAACCUUUCUCUACAAGUUGGAAACAGCUGAGGAACUAGAGAGGAAACAAAGCCAGAACAAUGACUCUUCCACCCAAAUGUUAGAAGAGUUUCUUGAGAAAAAUGAAGAAAAAGACAUGAGCCAAUUUUUUCUCCCGCCAAAGUCGUUACUGCGAUACGCUUUAAUUCUGGAUAUUGUCCAAACAACGAGUAGACGUUCAACUUGCUUUACAAAAGGGUGAGUACUAACAUUUGUGAUCUGCAGUCAUUCUCUUUAGUAUAUGGGGAUACAUGUGUCUGAUGCUUGAUUGAUUUAUAAAGCCUAAUGAAAUUCCCAAACCUAUGGUUAUGUCAGUAUAAUUAAGGUCUUGAUAGACCAAUCUAGUGGUCAGAUUUACAUUUAGUUCUUGCCCACUGAUUAGUUAAAGAGAGAGACUUUGAGCCAUAACCUCUAAAGCCCAUUGUAGUGGUUAUGGUCCUAUGAGGCUGUAGACACUUUUCCCUGGUUCUGUAUUAUACUGUUUUCAUGUGUUUUGACAAAAACUAGAUUUCCCCAAAGCACUAGGAGCCCAGCUCUUCACUCACAGCCUUGCAUUGGUGUCUAAAUAUGAAUGAAACGGAUAUUGUCUAUGCAGUAUUGCAGCCGACACAUUAGCAAUAUGGCUUGGGGCUGGGCAGCAGGUCAGACCUCUUCACCCUCAAAAACAGUCUGACAGUGAAUUGUGGUAUGGUGUCACAAAAUAUCACAUUCCUUUAAAAGUUCACCAGCUGAGGGUCUUGGUUAUCAGAAGAUGCAUUUAGAAUAUAAAGCCCAUUCACCCAAAGACUAGAGUUUCCCCAUCUCAUUUAAAGGAUAUUGUAUUUUGUUGAGGAGCACUAGUGUGUAGUAGUUGCUAGGUUAAAUAUGGCUGAAAAGUUUUAUUUAUGGCAGUAUCCUCAAGUCAAAUUUGGUUAAGUCAUUGUGUUACACAUACUGGUACAUCAACCACAGGUAGAGGCUUCUACUGGAGUGUCACAUACUGCUCUCACACUAACAGUUGGAUUUACUGAGGGCAGGAAAAAAAAAUAUGCUAAAAAUUGCAAUUGGUGAUAGAGGACACACCUACGAACUGCCAUUUAACUAUAUUGAAUGUCAAUUUGGAAUUUCUUUGAUUAGUUAGAAUAAAAAACAAAAUGUGUUUUUCCAAAUGGUUUAUUAAAAUGAUAAUUUUUUAAUUUAAUUUUUUUAGUUACGGGCAUUAUGUGGAAGGCACGGGUUCUGUCUUACAGACCGCUACAGACAUUGAGGUUUGUUUGGCUGUUUUUUGUUUUUUUGCUCAAAAAUUAUAAAUACAACAAUUAUUAUAUCUUGAAUCUUAAUUUGCAGUUCCCAGUAGAAGCGUCACAUGAAAUACAGUCAUUAUUAUUUUAGAACAGACUCGGUACCUGUUUAAAGGUCAAACAUUUGUUUUGUUGCAUAGACUUUAGAUGAACCGCAUAUUGUCAAGGCAACUAUUUUCUGGAACAUUUACAAAUUAAAUUUCGAUGAGCUGGAAUGAUUGGAUCACAAUUAUUAUUCUGCUUUAAUGUUAGUGACCCUCAGCUCUGGUCAUCUUUGAUGUGGAAGAUAUUUUUGAGAUGGUAAAUAUCAUUUACCUUCCUGAUAAAAUUGCCCCUCAUUACUGUUGGAGAAUGGUAGUUUUAUUUUUGUAGAGCAUUGGCAGCCAAAAGCCUGUCUGUGUCACUGAAUGGUUUAUUAGUUCUGGACAAUAGCGAUCCUAUUAAGUGGACGGGUGAAAUGUUCAGCCAAGUUAAAAAAUGUCUCAGUGAUUUUCACAAACACUGUUUCUGCUUGUUGGGCUGAAUACAUUUAUUGGGAGUUUGUUGACAUUUUAAUCUGCCUGGUCAUUGUAGAAUCUGCAGAGGAACACGAUGAUAGCCUGCAUUGGUGUUUGAUUUAAUUGAAGUUCAGCUUUUCUAACUGCAUCCAAUAACAUUUCCCUCUGAAAUAAAUUGUUACAUUAUAAUUUUGCAAGCUUAUUUUAUAUGUUUUUUUUUUUUUUAUUAUUAUUUUUUUUAUAUUUUGAAAUUCAGAUAAGUUCUGCAUAUGAAUCACUGGAGACGUUGAACGAUGAGGAGAAACUUGCAAAAUUAUCCACCUUGAAAUUAAGAUAUUUUACUCCCAAAGAAAUAGCUAAUCUUCAUGGAUUUCCUCUGCAGUUUGGUAUGUAGACAUAUCUUAAUAAUAAACCAUAUCAACUCUUCUUUUUAUGACCUUCAGCUACAGCAUGUGUUAGUCCUAGGUAGGCAAGUAGAAUUCUUAUUACCUAUGAAUCUGCUGAGUUUAUCACAAAAUGCAGUAAAGGAACACUCUAACAUUAGAAAUACAAAUCCAUACAGUGUAAGUAUUAUUUAGAUAUCUGGGACCUUCCCCAAAUAGGCAAAAUAACAUUCACUUACCUUCUUUCUUGUUGCAGUCACACCUCCUGCACUGGCUGAGAUCAUAAAUACUGAUGAUCUUAGCCAAGCCAAUGCUUCAUAAGGAAGCAUAGGGAGGCUAUUGCACAUGUGCGCGAAUCGCCAAGCCACUCAAGAAGAUGCAUUGUCUCAAUCUUUGCAGGACUGCAUGUAGGAAGCCCCUUCUAGUGGCUGUCCUCGUAAUAUCCACUAGAGGUGGCAUUAGGCAACAAUUGAACUGCCAUUUCUCAUAAACGGUAGUGUUUACUCGGUUCAGCCUGCAGAAACAGUCACUUUGCCUCUGAACCACUACAUUAAGCUGUAGUGGUUCUGGUUUUUAGUGACCCUUUGGGAGCUGCCAGUACUCGCAACCAACUCAACAGCCAUGAAUUUACCUUGAGUCCAAUCCUAUUGGAUGUCAGUGGGGAAACACUCAUGGAAUAACGAAAGCUGUAUUAUGGCAGCUGAAGGACAGAACUACUUACCUUUCUCAGGUACACAUUAAGUACAGGCUAUAGUCCAGGCUUUUUUUUUUUUUUUUUUAAAUGCAGCAUUUCCUGUGUGUAAUCUAUUUAUUUCCCUUUAGGUUUUCCUGAGAAGAUAACAACAAAACAACAAUAUAGACUGCUUGGGAACAGCCUUAACGUGCACAUUGUAGCCAAACUCAUCACCGUUUUACUUCAAUCCCGCUGAUAUUAUUGCAAGUUGUGGAGUUGAUAAUGUUCCUCAAGUCAAGCUUUUUAUGUUUGUACACAGACUGUAUGAAAAUAAAGUAAAUAAAUGCAUAUCGAAUGUAAUAUUAUGAUUAUUACUAUUAAAA